GACAUUAUUCAGAGUACUGAAUCAUUUCAGUCUGUGUCAGGAUGAUGGUGAAGAUCUACAGCUGUCUGUUCGCCUUCGUUCUGGGCUAUAAUGUCUCCGCAGAAAUAAUCCAUCAAGAAGUUGCGGAGAAGAACCCGGCAAAUCUACCUUGUCCGCACCCUGUGGAUGGUGAUGUGAUGUGGAGCAGACAGUUAACUAAUGGAAGUAAAGUUAACUUAAUUAAAUUUACUGGUGAAACGGAAGAGAGGCACAAUGACCCGUGCAAACGAUACAGUUCAUUGGCUGAUAAAUUUAAGUCACUGGUCAUUAAGAGCCCUGGUGUCUCAGACAGUGGAACAUACCUCUGUAACAAUGAAACUGUGAAACUGACGGUGAUCCCAUCAGGAACACGUGUAAAGAAUGCUACAAUAGGAACCAGCAUCACUCUGAAAUGCCCUGAUGACACUGGGUCACAUGGUCCAACAUUGGUCAGACAAAUCAGCGGAAUCGACAUCACUGUUUACAGCCAAAAUAAGACAGAAGGGCUCCAAUACUCCACUGAGGACAAGACGCUGACUCUAACAAACGUGCAGCCGAAUCACUCUGGACUGUACUACUGCGAGGGAAAACUAGUUGUUUACCUGAAUGUGACCAAAGAUGAGAGAUUUGAGAGAGCUGCUCACAAACUGCUUCUUUUGGUUCUUGGAGUGGUCCUGCCCCUCGCCCUCACCGUGUUUAUCAUCCUCUUCCUCUUUCGGAGAUGCAGAUUCAGAACACAAGGACGUGGUGAACAACAAGCUGACACCGACUAUGCUGAGAUACCAGACGAGUCCGUGUUCAAACCCACACAAGGCGGAUCGAACCAACAUGAUCUUACAUACGCCGCCAUCUAUCAUACUCAACCAGCGGGAAACAAGACCGUGGUAUCUCGGCCCAACGAGUCCAUUUAUUCCUUCGUCAACACAAAAGAUUAAGAAAAUCCACAGGAGCAAAUAAAGACCACAUCAUCACAUCUUCCUGCUAACAGGACAUUGAUCCAAUAACUGUGUAUUUAGUACAGUAUGAUUAAUUAUCAGUUUAACUUUUAACUUUUAUAAAAAAAAAAAACAGACAUGAGAACUACGUCAGUGUUGUUUGUUUCUGUUUUUUUGGUUGUUUUGCUUUUGUUCUUUGUUUGUACAACAACAAUUUACUUUUUGCAAAUGAUUCAAGAUAAUUCAAAUUUAACUUAAAUCUCAUUGAAACUCUG